AUGUCUGAUUCCAAACCAACAAUAGUACCACAGCCAAAUCCGCACGGCCUGGAUAUAUCUGAGUAUCAGGACGAUGCACCCAUAAGCCCAGCGGAAGAAGCUUCCCUGGCGAAGCUAAGCACUAUAUCACCUCCUGGAUCAUCAGGUCCAGUCAUCGCGGUAGAUCUAGACGAUGUGCUCAGCCAAACGAAUCAUGUAUUGGCAGAAUUCCAUAAUGAAAACUACGGAACCAAUAUGGAUAUCUCCCAUUUCUACUAUUAUUAUUACUGGAAGAACCCGUUUUGGGGAACACCAGCCGAAACAUAUGAGAAGGUCAAAAGGUUCUACGCGACGGACCGUAUAUACCAGGCUGCACCAGUCCCCGGUGCUCGUGAAGGGGUGCAGUCAUUGAGAGAUAUGGGUUUCAGACUGGUCAUAGUGACGGCGAGGACACAAGACGUUGCCGAGCCGUCGUGGAAAUGGGUGGAUAAGCACUUCCCCGGGAUAUUCGACACGUUGAUCUGCACCAAUCAAUUCAAGGAUGCUGACAAGGUUGGGCAUGAAAUCGUGACGAAGCUUAGCAAAGGCCAGGUCUGUAACGACUUGGGAGCUUGUCUUCUCAUUGAUGAUUCGUCGGAGAACGCGAUACAAUGUUCCACUCACGAUCCACCAACUCGUGUAUUACUCUUCGGCGAUUACCAAUGGAACAGCAGGAUUUCUGGGCCGCAAGAUCAUAGAGAUGAGAUGACCUUUGAUAUACGACUGAAGGCCGCUGGUGGUAAGGAAUUUUGGAAGGAAGAAACGCUAGAGGUUCCUGAAGGCGCUCCGCUGCAUCGAGUAAAGGACUGGGCUGAGGUUGUGCGUUGGAUACGAAACCGUAGAGAAGAGGGUCAUUUAUAA